AUGGAAAAAGCACGGGAAGUCCUUAAGGACGUGUUUGGCUUUCAGUCUUUUCGCCUCUCUCAAGAAAAGGCCAUCUCUCGGUUGAUCGUCGACAAUGAAAAUGCUUUGGUUGUUUUCCCGACUGGAGGUGGGAAGAGUCUUGUCUACCAAGUUCCAGGACUGUGUCUUGAUGUGAGUCUGCAAAUCACAUUUCAUGUCUGUUCGUUUAUUUACAGCCCCAUUUACCAGGGCCUCACGUUGGUAAUAUCGCCGUUGAUUGCCUUGAUGAAAGACCAAGUCGAUUCCCUUGUCUCCCGCGGAGUCAACGCAGCUAGUCUCGAUAGUACGCAGCCUCCUGAACGGUCCAAGUGGAUUAAGGCGGAGGUACUAGCGGGUAAAAUGAAAAUUUUAUACGUCGCCCCUGAAAGGCUAAACAACGAGGGUUUUGUCAACAUGAUGACUCAGGUGAAAAUAUCGCUUCUUGCAGUCGACGAGGCGCACUCUCGCUUCGCUGUGGAGUUGGAUGUAGAGCGCGUACUCUGCCUAACUGCCACAGCUACACCGUCUGUGUCAGCUGAUAUUUGCAGUUCUUUCCUUAUUGCUAAGGAGGGUGUUUUCUCGACGCCCGUUUUUCGCCCAAAUCUUUCCCUCAGAAUUGAGGUGGCUGAAACACUGGACGAAAAAAUCGAUCGUGUCGUUCCACUCCUCAAAACGAGGACAGGUCCAUCAAUUAUCUAUGUUACUCUUCAAAAGCAGACAGAAGAGGUUGCGAAUUAUUUGAUGCCCCAUGGGAUUGAUGCUAUGGUUUAUCAUGCUGGAUUGCCCAGUGACCGGCGAGAAAAGAUCCAGACAGCAUUUAUGGAAUCUAAGGAUGGGGUUGUGGUAUGUACCAUUGCCUUUGGCAUGGGUAUUGACAAAGCUGACAUCCGACAAGUAAUUCAUCUAUAUAUGCCAAAAUCCCUCGAAAACUAUAGCCAAGAGGUAGGAAGGGCCGGGCGUGAUGGAGUGACAUCCACCUGUGUUAUGUUCCUUUCCUCUCUAGACAUUCCAACUUUGGAAGGAUUUUGUCGUGGGGACACAUGCUCUAAGCAAGACCUUGAACUUUGGCUUCAGGAAGUUGCUACGAAAGUGCCUGCACCAGAUGGAACUCUUGACUUUAACCACUAUAAGCAAGGAAAAGACUAUGAUAUUCGAGCCAAUGUUUUGGGGCUAUGUUAUGCGCAUCUUGAGCUUGACCAUGGCUACAUACGGGCGAUAACUCCUUUCUACUCUUUUUACGAAAUAACUCCCCUGAACAGCAGUAGGAUCUUCUCUGACAAUAGUCAAAUCGGAAAAGUGAUCAGAACAUACUGGCGGCGAAAGAGUGCAACUGGCAAACAUGAAAUUGAUAUUGUAGAUGCUGCAUCAAGAGCCGGCGUUGACAGGGCUGACAUGGCAAGACAUAUCAGUAACUGGGAACUUGAUGGUAGCGCUGAAGUCAAGGCUUCUCAAGUCAGAGCACGUUAUACGUUAUUGAAGCCAUUCGAAAAGACGGCUGCAAGCAUCAGAGCACUGGCAGAUGAAAUGCAUACACGUAUGUUGAAGCAAGAGGAGGACUCUGUUAAAAAGCUACGACAAGUCAUUGCGUUUGCUAUCGAUGACGACUGUCUUGCCCACAACUUGGCUAAGCAUUUCGGAAACGAGGAUGCAGUUCCUAACGACAUGUGUGGAUCUUGCACGUUCUGCACAACUGGCCAAUCAGUUGAAUUUACUCUCAAGUCGCCAACAGUUGUCCAUCCCAAACAAAUACAAGCCGUCCUCGACGCAUGUCCUAUUCGCGACGACCCGCGGUUGUUGGCCAGGAUGGCCUUCGGUGUUACAUCUCCUCGCCUGACAGCAAAUAAAUGGUCAACGAGUCACACUCUUUUCGGCAGCAUGGUCAAUGUUGAUUUUGGUCACCUCGUUCAAGCUUUUGACGCGGAAUGCAAGAAAGUUGGUUAUCAAUCUCUGGAGGUUACCACUGCGACACCUUCCUCCAGCAAGAAAAGAUCACAAUCACAAAUUUCCUCGAACAAUAGCAACACCAACAGGUUUAAUAAUAGGGGGAGAGGGGAUAGUAAGUACAAGCGUGGUCGAUGGAAUUGAUUAGGGCGUUUGAGACGGCCACAAGUACACCUAGUUUUCGUUGUAUUGUAAGUAAUGGGUAUUCCCGAGGUAGAUCCUCGUCCUGUCAAGACCCAUUCGACAAUGUUCAAUCUAUGACGAUUGGAUGUUUGGCGCUUCCCAACAUGAGGGGCUGUCCAGAAAUGGUUGGAUUCAACGUGCAUAGUGGUAUGGGAUUUGC